AUGAGUUCAUUGAGCAACGGAGACAAGCAGCGCCUCACCUACCCUGCCCGUCACCAGGACAGGCUGAUUCAGGGGCGAUUCAAGACCACCAAGACCACCUCCUAUGACACCCUGGGGCUCGGGACCUGCCCAGUGGCCACAGAUGAGCAGAUUCGUCGAGGCCAUCUCUGCCACCUCCACCCAUCCUCCACCAAUUCCAAAGGUGUGAGGACUUCCCGGUGGGCGGCUAUCCUCGGCGACUACUCCAAAGUCCGAGAGCUGGUGCUGGGCAGCCCGAGGCUCAUGGAGAAGACCACCCUCCAGCUGUUCGAGUUGAAUCAGCACACCCUUUCUCAAUGGCACAACAAAUGCCAGAAAGGGCAGGAGCAUGCUGUCCUUCAACAGGGGGUCGCACCCCCUAGCGCCAGCGCAGUGGACCCAGAGCCUCAACCGCAGCCGCGCCCGCUGCUACAGGAGGGCAUGACAUACGGACACCAGCCGCAUGUCUUUUCCAUGCCCCCCAAACACCGCAGGUCAGGCAAAGCAGCAGAAACGCCCUGGGGCCACGGAGCAGAUCGCAGUCCUGGACCAGUCGGCCACCCCUGCGCCACAUCCCACUUCAUCUCCUUCCACUUCUUCAGCUGCUUCCAGUUUUUACAAUAUCCAAUUUAUUAUUUUAAGGCUUUGUCUCACAACUGCAACUUGCCCAUAUUGACUCAGGGGAGACGAAGGCAAACGGCGCGCCGGGGGGCGCAGUGGGCGGCCUCCCCCACCCCGGGGGGAAGCGAACUGCCUAACCCGCGCUCCGCGGGCCCCCCGCCCCCCCGGGUCUUUUACUGUACGACUGGCCCAAUUGCUUCGGUGGGCCGUUUCUCGUCAAAUACGUGUGCAAUUCAGAACUAG